AGUAUCGGGAAUAAUUUUUCACGUCUCUCCUCACCGGAACAAUUCUAAAUAUAACCACGAUAAGAGGAGUUAACUAUCUGGAGGUGACUAAGUGAUUAGGUAAAGAGUAAGAAAAGACACCAAAAUAAAGUUCUGCGGAGGAAUUUCUGUCAAGCUGUGAGACGACGGAGUGAAGCGUGAAGGCGAUUGAGAGGGGCUGAGGGAAUUGUCCUCUGUGCAAGGGACUUUGAUUAGUCCCCAGGCCUCUGCCUGCCCCUACCGUCAGCAGGAUGAUGGAUUCAGCUCACAUGUUGAGUAAGGAGAAAAUAACUCACAAAGAACAAAAGGGAGAUGGAAAGCUUGAUGACUAGCUCUACCCUGCCGCCCCUCUUUGCAGAUGAAGACGGCUCCAAGGAGAGUAAUGAUCUGGCUGCAUCUGGGUUAACACACCCCGAGGGUCCAUACAGCAGCACAGCCACAUCAUCCACCAACAACCCGGAAUUUGUGGAGGAUCUCUCCCAGGGCCAGAUGCUUCAGAGUGAGUCUUCCAAUGCUGCAGAAGGCAAUGAGCAGAGACAUGAAGAUGAGCAAAGAAGUAAACGAGGAGGUUGGUCCAAAGGGAGAAAAAGAAAGAAACCUCUCCGAGACAGCAAUGCACCCAAAUCCCCCCUUACAGGAUAUGUUCGAUUCAUGAACGAGCGUAGAGAACAGCUUCGAGCAAAGAGACCAGAGGUCCCGUUUCCAGAAAUCACAAGGAUGUUGGGCAAUGAGUGGAGUAAACUGCCUCCUGAGGAGAAACAGCGCUACCUUGAUGAAGCAGACAGAGAUAAGGAACGUUACAUGAAGGAACUGGAGCAGUAUCAGAAGACUGAGGCCUACAAGGUCUUCAGUAGGAAAACCCAGGACCGUCAGAAAGGCAAAUCUCAUAGGCAAGAUGCAGCCCGACAGGCCACUCACGAUCAUGAGAAAGAAACAGAGGUAAAGGAGCGCUCUGUUUUUGACAUCCCUAUAUUUACAGAAGAAUUCCUGAACCACAGCAAAGCUCGUGAGGCAGAGCUCCGCCAGCUUCGUAAAUCCAACAUGGAGUUUGAAGAAAGGAAUGCAGCCCUACAAAAGCAUGUGGAGAGCAUGCGCACAGCAGUAGAGAAGCUGGAGGUGGAUGUGAUUCAGGAGCGGAGCCGGAACACGGUCCUUCAGCAGCACCUGGAGACCCUGCGACAGAUGUUGACCAGCAGCUUUGCCAGCAUGCCCUUGCCUGGAAGUGGAGAAAUGCCAACAGUGGACACUAUUGACUCAUAUAUGAACAGACUGCACAGCAUAAUUUUAGCUAAUCCCCAAGACAAUGAAAACUUCAUAGCUACAGUCCGAGAGGUUGUGAACAGGCUUGAUCGUUAAGUGCUGAUCUUAGUGCUCCAAGAUGUAAUGAUUCCACUUGUGCAAAAUGAGAAGCCAUCCGUGAACAUUUGAACUGAGUGGGGGCAGAGGACUACAGACCCCUCCCUAUGGAAGAAUUGUUAGUAAGUGAACUGCCUUCACCCCAGGAAGCUGUAUAAGGGAGCAGCAAAAAUGGAUGUGUGAACUGUAGAAGGCCCUGUGUGAAGCUUUGAAAGUGUACAGCCCCUCACCGACUUCCAAGACUUCUUAGAUUCCUCUUAUUUCCAUUUCUGCUGAAGUGGAUCUGCAUACAUUCCUCUGACAAUGGUGACCCUGAGACUGACGUCUUCCUUCCCUCUGCAGCAGAAAGGAAGAUUUGUUGUUACAAUUCCACUCCAGUUUUCUUACCUAGAUGUCAACAUUUCUAAAUGCCUCUGGGGCUUCCCUUUCACUCCCACCAAGUUAGACUUCUCCAUUUUCUGACCUCUGGGUUUUGUUGCUCAGCGGGGCUCUGAAGGAGAAUUCUCAUUGGUUGGGCCCAAUCUUCUCCCAUCACUGCCCCGCUGUGACUCCAAAGACGGGAGCUUCUUGUUGAGGGUACCCUGUGGAGUGAGGCUGUGUUUCACAUCCCACAUGGUGCUCAGUGGGUGCCAGCCCUCAGCAGGCUCUGUGAUUGCUGCCCUGAAGGACAAUGCUCUCUCCUUCCUUCCUGGUCCUGCCUGCUGUUCUCUGAGCUUUGCUCGUGCUCUGACGUGGAGCCCUGGCCACAGCAAGGCUCUUCAGUCCCCAUCUGUUGGCAGUGUCUUUUGGAGCACUUUUGCUGAGGAAAAAAAGGUCAUUGGUAAAGAGGGAGGAAGGGAAAGUACAUUUGGUGUUGGAAAGCAGCCCAACGUCUAAGUGGAAAGUGCUCUGCCUUCAGUGUACAGAUCUGUGCAUUAAGGUGAUGGGGACUUCUGUGAAAGUAGUCUCUUGAGCUGACAAAAGGGCACAGUGGAAUCCUCUUGUUUUGUCUUCCUUCUCCAGCCACUAACUGCCGAAUCCAUGGAAUCUGGAAAAGACAGGCUUCCUUCCUUCGCUCUCCUUAUUAAGAGAUUUUUGUUUAACUGUAAAACAAACAGGUUCUUUUUCUCUCCUCAGGGUUGGUUUUGGAUUUGGGGUUUUGGGGGUUUGGUUUGCGUUGGGUUGAGUUUUUCUUUUAUGCUCUAGAGCACAAGGCUAAAAGUGGCAGCUGAGAUCUUUGGAACCAAAGCAGAGCAUGCUGAGCCCAAUAUCUAAGCACUAGGCCACCAAAGGCAGGGGGAUGAAAUGUGGUCCCUCACAAUACGCCCAUAAGCCAGGGCACAGUCCAGAGCCUCCAUCCUGUGACUGCACCAUCCUGUCUUCUCAGCACUGUGUUCUCUUCUGUGUGCUUUAUUAGUCCAAAGGGAACAGCAAUCGUAACAAUAGAGAGUAAUGUGAACACAUCAAACUUCGUGCACUGAAGCCCACACAUAGCAGUCCUUUAGAAAAAGACUCCAUCGUUACUGCUGCACAGCCCACCAGCUCUGCUGCCUGGGUACUGUCCUGGUUCCCUGCCCUCAUCUCCUGUUUUUGCCAUUUAGAUUGCUUGCCUGCUGAACCCAUGUAGAACUCACUGUCUGUAGCAGAAGGACACCCAAGCUGGUUCUGGAAGUUUGUGUCUGCCAGAUGCUUCCUGUCCUUUCUUCCUUCCUCCUCAUAUUGCUGUUUCUCUUUGUGUGCAGUUCUGUACCGCUCCCAUAGCACUGAUUUUGUGGCCAGAUAAGGCUAUGACUUGGUCCAAAGAUGAUCAUCCCCCUCUUUCUAGAUGUGAUACCUCAUCUUGUCUAGUCACGUUUGCAUAACCAGAAUUCAAGAGGAUAGCGAAAGAAUCUACUAGAAUCCUACAGUAUGUCAAAGCAGUAGCUUGCUUUCAAAUACUGUGUCUCCCAGUAGUUUGCCCUCUGCCUGGAGGGUGGCUGGGAUUCAGUCAGGUUGUGUAGAGCUGUCUGUGCCACCUCCUCUCACCCCAUGCUCAUCACAGAGAGGUGAGAAGGGUGCAGGCUGGCACAAGGAUUUAUUUUCCAAUAGGUUCGUAGGUUGAUUCUGCACCUACAUGUUCUCCUCUAGAAGUAAGCGAUUACCUAUUCAGUGUUACACAUUUCCUUCUUGCUUUUUAUUAAAACACAGGAUCAGCUGGGGAAGGGAUGAGGGGUUUUAUUUCUGACAUGUUUUAGGAAAAAAAAAAUGUUGUGUACAUGUGUUUGGAACUGUUGAAUUGCCAGGUUUCUGUGCAAGUGUUUUGUAAUUAAACUUUUAGAUUUUCUUUAAGAAAUUGAUAUGCUUGCUUGACAUUUGUCUCAUUAAAACUUUCUUAUGUUGAA